GAGGACUCACAUGGUCCUGCCGCAGCAGAGCACAUACCACCGGGACUCUCCAGACCUCUUACUCUCAGCUCACCCUCAUUCUUCUUCUUCUUCUUUUUUAUUUAAAUUCUCCGUUUUUCUUUUAUUUGCCUCCCCGCAUCCUUCCUCCUCCCGCAGCCCAGUGUCGGUCAGACUUGGGCCGGUAAAGCAGCGCCAUGGCUCGGGAGAACGGAGACACCGGCAGAGGAGAGACGUGGAAAAAACAAGUCGACGACAUCAAGAAGAUUUUCGAUUUUAAAGAAGUCCUCGGCACAGGAGCGUUUUCUGAGGUAGUCCUGGCCCAGGAGAGGCUGACUGGCCGGAUGUUUGCGGUGAAGUGCAUCCCUAAAAAGGCUCUGAAGGGGAAGGAGAGCAGUAUCGAGAACGAGAUCGCCGUCCUUAGGAAGAUCAAGCAUGAGAACAUUGUGGCGCUGGAGGACAUCUACGAGAGUCCUGACCACCUGUACCUGAUUAUGCAGCUAGUGUCCGGCGGCGAGCUGUUUGACCGAAUCGUGGAAAAAGGUUUCUACACAGAGAAAGAUGCGAGCAAGCUGAUCCGACAAGUCCUGGACGCUGUGAACUACCUGCACAAGAUGGGCAUUGUACACCGAGACCUGAAGCCAGAGAACUUGCUGUAUUUUAAUCCCCAAGAUGAGUCAAAGAUCAUGAUCAGCGAUUUUGGCCUUUCCAAGAUGGAAGGCAGUGGUGACGUAAUGUCCACUGCCUGUGGCACGCCGGGAUACGUGGCUCCAGAGGUUCUCGCCCAGAAGCCAUACAGUAAAGCAGUGGACUGCUGGUCCAUUGGAGUGAUCGCCUACAUCCUGCUGUGUGGUUACCCUCCGUUCUACGAUGAAAACGACUCCAAGCUGUUUGAACAGAUCCUGAAAGCCGACUACGAGUUUGAUGCACCAUAUUGGGACGACAUAUCGGACUCUGCCAAGGAUUUCAUUGGCAGUUUGAUGGAAAAAGAUCCAACCAAGCGUUUUACCUGUGAACAGGCACUCAGACACCCAUGGAUUGCUGGAGAUACAGCACUCUGCAAGAACAUCCAUGAGUCAGUCAGCCGACAGAUCAGAAAGAACUUCGCCAAGAGCAAAUGGAGGCAAGCGUUCAAUGCCACCGCCGUGGUUCGGCACAUGAGACGUUUGCAGCUUGGCAGCAGCAUGGGGAGCAGCAUGGACGCCUCCAACCCACCGACCAGGCCAAGCCAGACGCAGAAGCCAGUCCAGGCAGGUCAUAACCAGCCAGCUCCGAGCCAAAACACCGGCCAGGCGACGCAGAGCCAGAGUGCUAACACAUCCGCCAGUAAAAGCUCUUCCACAGACAACAACAUAGCAGCUCCUCGCAAGGAAUGUGUAACUGCACCGGUCACACCCUGCAGUCUGGCGUCCGCAGCUUCUUCUCCCGCUGCCGGGGCGGAGCUGAACCGGCCACAUCCCACAGCGGUUCCCGCCCCGGUCCUCACAGAAACCAAGUGACGCCAGGUCCCGCGGGGAACCAGCUGGGAGGCCACAGCGCUGUGAGGCAGAGAGACGGAAAGAGACGGAGGACGACAGGAGAGGAAGAGGAUUUCCACUCUUCUUCUUCUUCUUCUUCUUCCUCUUUCUUCCCUCUCCUCCCUGCACCCCACCCCCACCCCCUGCCCCUCCCAGCCAAUUCCCCGCCCUGCUCCCGGGAGAGCAGAGGACUUUACCUCCGCCCCACCAAUUCAAGCCACACAGCGCCAUACCGUACGCCCACCACCAACCCGUCACUUUCGGAUUCCUCCUGCCACAGCAACAGCUCAGCCACCGACUCUCGUUGAGGGUGUUUGUGCGGCCAGCUGUGGUUGCUGUUUAACGAUAAAUGGGUUUCGACUUUUACAAGCUUGAGCAGUAACUGGUGGUUCACGGUGGGGCUGGUGGUAUCUUAUUCGGUGUCAGUCAACAUCAACUUCCCUCUUGAAUCUGGUCUUUCCUACACAACUUUAUUUAGCUUCUUUUUUUUUUUCUUUUCAAAUUGGGUUUGACUGUUGGCAACUGGAUUGUUUCAUUGUUUAUUAUUACUGUUAACUUUAAAGGUGGUAUGUGUAACUUAUAAAAAGUAAACAUCAUUGUCAAAUUGAUAGUGCUACUUUGGUAUAAUCACUGUAAAUAAAUAAAACCAUGGCAAAGACUAUUGGUCGCCUUUACCUCAUACUAAUUAACAGCUGUUACCUGUGCAAGCAUUCCUUCAGAUUAAGACCCCAUUUUCCUUAACCUGCUUGUUUCUUAUUGUUUCCACCAUCAAGAAAACCUCUGAAUGCUUUGGGUCUGUUUGCUCUGGAACAACAGCACCCUCUUCCUGUUAUGUGCCAUAAUCCAAUCCAGCAGAUUCCUGUCCAAAUCUGAACUGUAGACAACAUAAAUGCAAAGCAGAGGUUAACAAGACUGCUUAUUGAUGACCUGAUUUGUUUACGCUAAUUUUACUAAUAUAACAAACUAAUGUGACAAUGAUUCUAUUGUUAUAAUGCUACAUAUAGCACCUUUAAGACAUUUUAUAUGUCCUUAUGGGUUUCUUUGUUUGUUUGUUUGUGCUCUAAGAAAUGCUUUAAAAGUACCAUACGACUGUUGAGACAUGUAAACACGUGUAAGCGCUUUAUGUAUUUUGCACAGAGAGGGUCAAAUAUUUCUCAGACAUAGAUUAGUCACCAUCCACUUGUGUUUAUCAGAGUGUAGAGAUUGUAUAAACCUAUAACCCAGAGUGGAUGUCCGAGCGUUGUACAGCUUGUUUAUUGUUUGAAAGAUUCCGAUUUGUUUCUUAUUUUCUUACUUUAUAAGAUUUUUAUAACAAUCGUCCUUUAGGGGACACACAUACAGGUUACAACAAAACAUGCAGUAGGUUUAGGAUAGGAUAGAUUAGAUAGAGGUUUCUACAGGAAAACUGCCUCCAGUGGAGAAUGUUAGCAACUGCAUGAUAGCUUGCCCUUUGAUUUCCCAAACUAAACAGCCACGAGCAGAGGAGUGCCGUUUCAUGGUUGCAAACAAUGUCUGAGAUAUUUUACUGCCUCCCACGUGGGUCCUAAGAGUAUAUGACCUGUAUGGACACUAAACCCAAGGUGAAGAAGCUGCUGCCUGCCGCUGUCCCUUUCCCCCCCCCCCGAAGAAGCCAUGUUCUCACCUUUUCACAUCGUCAAGCUGCACCCAGUUCAGAAGUGCUCAGGGAAAACUGCGGCUGCACUGUGAGCUGGAGAGUACCGAAUUCCUUAUUUAGGUUUUUCUAUCUGUUUUCAGUUCAGGCAUUGUGGCAUCACAAUUAACGAUCCAGGAGACAUUUGUCUUUGUGGCAGUAUUGUAUGUACUUGAAUACUGAAGACUCAAGACUUGGGUUCAGACUAUUCCACCAAGGACUCCAAGGUGUUUUGGACUAGAUCAUCUGACACAGUUUGUGCAAGUUGUUCCACUGUUUUGGCUAUUCUGCUUUGUUGAUGCAAUCCCCAAGUCUGGAACAGCAGUUGUGGACGGAACCACCAAAACUACAUGGGUGGUAGGUUAGCCCUUGGUUCUCGCAGUUAGAGAAAUGCUUCAACACUGGCAGAUUUCAAGUAUUGAUUUCAUUAUGAGCAGCAAAGACAAAAUAUUUUGUUUGCAAAAAGAUUCCCAUCAUUACCUACCUGCUUCCAGAUGUUGCAGAGUUCUGAAAAAAUCCAAUGUGUCCCAAUUGCCUCAUGGGCCAGCAGUCCUUUACUGUAAGCUACUGACUUGACUUGAUGGUGUUCACUGAGCCAUGUGAAGUUGUGCAUGUGGUGUUAGACACUGUGUUUCCCCCAAAUUCUUCUCAACAAUUUUACUUAAUCUCAAGGUUGGUUAACAGUACAGGAUAACUCUUAGAAAAUUUAUCUGCCUGCAUAACUUUGCUGUCCAAGUGGGGCAACAGAUCAUUUUUGGUCAGUUUCUGGACUAUUUAAGGUUUUCAUUAUGAAACAGAAUGAUGCAAGUCCACAGCUUGGAGUGCCUUUUGAACUGAUAAUCUGAGUUUAAUAUGACUGCCUGACUUUGUUUUAAUUUGUUGCUGGUAAAACACUGACUUCGCUCAAAUGUUAUCUUCUCACGACUCUGACAUGACGACAGUAGCUUAGAAUGUGUCACUGGUUGUAUAGGCCUCUUAGAUAUAGCUCAGAAAGCAGAACUGUACACUGUUGGCUGUUCACUCACACAUAUCAGAUUGUCUUGUCUUUAUCAGAUGCAAUUCUACUGAUCCCUUUAUUGUGAAUUGUUGCCAAAGACCAGCGCUAGUUAGGACCACAACUGGGUUCUACUUGAUGAAUUGGUUCAAACAGAUCUAGUCAGAUAGAAAGCUGUGUGAGACACAAUUGAACUAAAAAUAAGGGCUGAACUCCAGCUGCGAAUUAAUCUGGAGAAAAAUUUAUUGAGCUUUGAUCCCUUCCUAAUCUGUGGCCGUAUACCUUUUUUUUAUUUUCUAGAGAGAGCGGUGCUGAAAAGUAUUAUUAUUCACAGAGCUUGUUUUGAUCUGUAUGGCAUGGCAGAUGAGUGUGAGACCACAGCUGGAUGAAAGUCAAAGUGGGGUAAAAAUGACAGUAAAUCAAAGCUUACUGGAAUUCAUUUCUGGCUUGCUGCCUCAUUGUGUGUAUUAAGCUCUACCUUUUUGGCACUGAUGUUGACUAAAGCAAACCAUGACUAGACAUUCAUAAAUGCUAUCCAAUCUAAAUCUCUUCACUUGUGUUCUCUAACAGCAGCGCCUUCUUUCUUCAAUAACCUGUACAGAUACUAUUCCAGUAUGUUUUUCCAGGAUUUUUUGCUCUUUCUCACUGUUUACUAAUCAAUAAUGUGUUAGUUACUGUUAAUACUUUAGCUCUUAGCCCAAAGCCCAUCGGCUCCAACUGAAGACAUAAAUCUCUAAGAAUGAGUCACAUAAAGUUAGAUUUGUUUAAUUUUUAUUUCCUAAAACACCUGGGUACUGUAUAAAACAUUACUUUAUUAGAAGUAAAAAAAUGCAUUUGUUAGGGACUAUUUUCUGUGGUGGAUGAACACACAUUUGUUGCACAAGUAAGUCUUUGCAGCAGCACAACAGUGUAUGACUUAAUAUAAAUGACAGCGACUGUGAUCAUACUAAUAAAACAUUGAAAAUUU